CAGAAAUCAAUAAAGUUCAAUGCAUUAUACGCAAAUCUUAUUGUUGAAUACAAGAGUUGAAAUUCUUGUCCCUAAAGCAAGGUAAGCCUAAUUCCAAUUCUUUCAUCCAAACACGCCCUAGUUGAAGCAAACCAAAUCAUCAAAAGGUUCUAGGGAAAGGCCAAGGGGCUACUGAUUUGGAUUUAAGACCCAUUGAAAUUAUGUUGGGCUGGGCCUAAUAAUCGAAAAGAUUAACUAAUAACCGUGAGGUUCAUCACUUGAGUUUUUCCGUUUCAAAGCCCAGUGAAAGCCUCCAACCUUCUUUGUCGACAACGGCGAAAAUGUCGACGAGUUCACCGGUAAAAGAUCCCGGCGGACCCUCAACAGAAACGCCCGCCGCAGCGGCCCCUCAGCCUGAGCCUGAGGCCUCCCCGAAUCCCCUCACCACUCCCAUUGCAAAGUCAGACACUCCACCGGCGGAUUUAAAAGAAACCCCAGUCGCCGCUACGCCGGCUUCGAAAGAAACCCCAGUCGCCGCUACACCGGCUUCAAAAGAAACCCCCGUCGCCGCCUCUUCCGUCCCAUCUAUACCACCACCGUCCAUCCAACACGAUGUUAUUAUUCCCAGCUAUUCACGAUGGUUUUCGUGGAACAACAUCCACGACUGCGAGAAAAGAUUCCUCCCGGAGUUCUUCGACGGAAGGUCGCCUUCCAAAAACCCUAAGCUUUACAAGUACUACCGGAACUCCAUAGUCAGGGCGUUCAGAGAAAACCCUACGAUCAAGAUCACUUUUACGGAGGUGCGGAAGACGAUCGUUGGAGACGUCGGCUCGAUCCGUAGGCUUUUCGAUUUUCUCGAGGGUUGGGGCUUGAUUAAUUACUCAGGAACAGCAUUGAAGCAGCCGCUGAAGUGGGAAGAAAAAGAGAGUAAGUCUUCGCAGGAAGGGAGUUCACUUGAAUCUUCAGUCCCGAAUCGAGUGGCUUCGAAGAAAUUGUGCAGCGGCUGCAAAUCACUCUGUAAUAUCGCUUGCUUUGCUUGUGACAAGUAUGACUUGACUCUUUGUGCGAGGUGCUACGUUCGUGGCAACUAUCGAGUUGGUGUUAAUUCUUCUGAUUUUAGACGGGUUGAAAUUAGUGAAGAUGCAAAGACGAAUUGGACUGAUGUAGAAACUUUGCGUCUCCUGGAAGCCAUCAUGCAUCAUGGUGAUAACUGGAAGAAGGUUGCAGAGCACGUUGGCGGUAGGAGUGAGAAGGAUUGUGUUGCUCGUUUCAUCAAGCUUCCUUUUGGGGAGCAAUUUGUGGGGGAUGCUGAAUCUGCGGAGGUUUAUAACAAUUUUUAUCAAAUGAAGGACCAGAGCGAGACCGAAUCUGGAUUGGAAACUAUUGGCAAAUCAUCCCCAACAAAAAGAAUGCGUCUCACACCACUUGCUGAUGCAAGUAACCCAAUUAUGGCACAGGCAGCUUUCCUCUCUGCUUUGGCUGGUGAAGAGGUUGCAAAGGCAGCUACUAAAGCAGCUGUUACAGCUUUGUCCGAGGCAACAAGUAGAGAGAAUCUUCAUUCCAUUGCAAACGAUUCAAGACAGCAAGAGGCAGAUGCUGCAUCAAAUUUGGAGACCACUGUGUUAGAAAGAACUCACGCGGAUGCAAAUUCCCUGCACAAGAAGGAAGAGCUGGAGGUAGAAAGGAAAAUUUCCGACAUUGUUGAAGUCAAGGUGUGUAGUCUGUGUAGAACUCCAUCUCAUCGGUGUCCUUGCAUUUUGUAUAAAUAUGAAUUAUUUGCUAAACGAUGCUGGUGGGGAAAACGGAAAAUUCCCAUUUCUUGGGGACAACUUGUGCAGAUGAAGGAGAUUUGGGACAAGAUAGUUCAUUUCGAGGAGUUGGAUUUGCAGAUGGAGAAAGAGUGGCAACAAUUGCAGAAUCUAAGGAACCUGCUCUUUGGUGAUCAACUUACCCUUUUGUUUCAUAAAAGCGGUGUACCAAAAACUGGGGAACCUGGGAGGGAGGAGAAUGUUAGAACGGAUUGAUGUUUAUUUUUGUUUAAAUUUAUUUAUUUUGUCCUAAAUGAUGCUUCAUGGUUUAUGCUUUAUAUUCAUCAAUAUCCAAUACUUAGACCCAAUGUUUCAUA